UUUAGUUAUUUCAAUUUUCAAUUUGAAACUAUUUGAAUUUCCCACCACACACAACUUUAGAUUAGUUCCACAUGUGGCCGCUAGGGAUUUUUUGAUGACGUAGGUCGUGUCAGUCAGAACAAAGCAAGAUGGCUUCCGCAUACAGUUCAGAGAGUGAGAGCAGUGAAUUUGAGGAUGUUUUGGUCGAUACAGAAGGAUAUUUAAACGUUGAGCCAUACAUGUUCGAGCCAUUGAUAUCACUAGAUCAUAAUGAGAGUGAUCAUUCGGACGAAAGUGAUGAGGAAGUGGAGGAUGAACGCCCUGAACGUGCAGGCAACAGAAAAUGGUGUGACUGUGGAAACUGCACAGCUCAAAUCACUGGAACAGAGUCGAUGUGCUGCAGUGACUAUUCCCCAGUUCUGGCCAAGAAGGAAAGUUAUGAGCCAGAUGGAGUUGCCUGCAUAACUCUGCAUCCCGGAUUCGCAAGCAACUGCCUUGACCGAUAUGUCCUGGAAAGUGCCAUGUAUGAAUUUAUCCAAGAUCAAGGGCCAAUAGGAAAUGAUCAGCCAAUGCACAAGUUAUGGAGAUACCUUGCAUACCGCAGAUUUGUGCGCUGGUGCUGGCAACGUUUGGGCAAAAAGCAAAGACUU